GAGGAGAGCAGCGGCGCACUCUCCGCAAGGAAGCUGCCAACGAAAGCCGAGUGAGAGGAGAGGUGACAAGUGAAAAGUGGCAAGUGGCAAGUGGCAAGUAGAUGUACCAAAAUGUGACGGUGCCACAAGUGCUAAUCGCAAGUCAGCCGCCCGUUGUAGCAGCAGUAUUUCGCCCGAAUUCGCUUUUAAGUUUGGUUGAUUGCCUCUCCGUCCGCCCGCUUAAGAAGCGUGUGUAUACACACAUUCACACACUGACAGCUGGCCGGGCGAGUGUGUGAGUGUGGUUAAUUUUGCCGUGUUGCCGAACAUCUGUAUCUGUGUCUGUAUCUGUGGCAGCCAAUAGUUGUGGCAAGGCCCUCGAGCUGCUCGCAACACAAAGCACAACAACAGCAGCAUCCCCAAUAAGUGGCAGCAACUGCGACGCAACGGCAGCCGCGUUUGUUGUUAAUUGAAAUAAAUUGAAAUAAAUUCCCCGACUUUGCUGCUCAUAUUGUUAAUAAAGAGCAGCCGGAGCGACGCAACAGUGGAAAGUGGAAUCAGCGGCAGUAAACAAAACAGUGAGCAAAUGUGGUUUUAGUUCUACGCCAGGCGUCAAACAACUUUGUGUGAAAGCGAGCGAAGUACCACGAAAUUCGAGCGCAUUCCGUGCUAAAUAAGUGAAGAUCUCAAUGUUAUCAUAGGCACUGCGUGGCAGUAACCAAAAGAGCACAGGCGUUUAUUUAUAUCCGCCAGUGUGUUCCCAUUAGUAGUGAGUGUCUGCCUUGCAUGCCCACUUGCAAACACAUAAGUCGACGAAUAGUUGGCAAAAGUUGCGGGGAAAUGACAUUGCCAACCCAGGUCCUACCAACUCCCUCAGAGGAAGAACCUGCAUCCUCUCCUCUCUCCGUUCGCACGCAGAUCCAAAAAGCUGCCGAAAGCCCUCAAUAGGCCCAUGGAUAUGAAAAUACUUUCUCGUCGAGUCAGAUUCCCAGAACACCAUUGUUUACACUAUUCGAUUGUUGUUUAGAUAACAGCCACUUAUGCGAACUUCCACUUGAGUACAAGCGAAAAACAUACACCGAUUGGCGGGGAGUGUCUGCCACAAGCAAAUCUGAAAUUCCCCCUGCCAACAGCCAGCCCGUAAUCAAUUUCAUAUUUAAUUUGUCCCCUCUAUUGUCUCAGUCUCAAUGGGCCCCUUCUCCCAAAAAUCAAUUUUAUUUAAUUGUGCAUAUACGAUUUGGUAAACAAAUGCCACCCCUAACCUGCUGGGGUCAUUGCUCUCAAGCAUCCAGCCAAACAGGACAUGCGCAGUGGUCUCUUUGGUAGUUGCAGUUUGGCCAACAGCGACUGAAAGAGCAAGGAGCGAACGAUAUGGCCUUUUCCCGCCACAACAUCGAGAAGCGCCGACUCAUCGAGCUAGUGCGCCUGAACCCCAUCCUUUGGGACUGCCGCCUUCCCCACUACAAGCGCUCUGACAAGCGCAAGGCCAUCAAGUGGAACGAGUUGGGGCGGCUCUUCAACGUCAACGGGGAGCGGGUGCAGCGCACCUUUACUUCGCUCCGCGAAAUCUUCCGGCGCGAGCUGAACCACGAAAAGAUGCUCGGCAGCACGCGCUUCAAGUCUAAAUGGGAGUACUACGACGCCAUGGCCUUCCUCAAGGAAGUCAUUCGGGAGCGCAAAUCCCGUGAGCGCAUCAAACACGGCUCCUUGGAUCCGGUUCCUGUGACCACAGGUAGCAGCAACAAUAACAACGUUAGCCGCAACAGUAGCAACAACAACAGCAGUAGUGCAGCCCUGGAUGAGUAUCAGUAUUUUGCCCCUAGCGACCCCAACAACCCGAACAACCAGCCACAACCCACGUUGAAGAGCAGCCUGCCAGCCGUGACUAUACCCAGUCUAGGUCUCAGUCUCAGCCAAUUGCCGGCUGCUCUGCAGCAGCAGGCUCAGCACCUCCAAGCCCUUCAGUUGCAGCCGGAUGUGACGCUGACCUCGCUGCAGAAACAGCCUGUGUCCAAUUCACUUUGCCUGGCCACGCCCUCGGCCCUGGCACACACCUCGCCCACCCAGGUGUUGUCCAGCUCGCGCUCCUGCAGCUCUUCUCCUUCCAUCUACAUCAAGGACGAGCCGGGAUCCCCGGAAGUGGGGCGCCCAGAUGAUGGGGUGCCCGAAAAAGAACCAGAUGCGACGCAAAAGAAGCUGGCCACCAUUCGUCCGCAAACCAAACAGCAACUCAAGGCUCGGCUGCAGCUACCGACGCCCAAAAACUCAUCGUCUUACGCCACCUCGCCGCCCCAUUUGAUCAUCAGUGCCAACAACGAGCUUAUCGACGCCGACGCCGGGGACCUGGAAGAGGAUCUGGACGACUUCGACGAGGAUGACGACGUGACCGGGCAUUGCUCGCCAGUCGUCGGCCAGUCGGAAAUGAUGGGCGGCGACGGGGGGCUUUCGGCGGGAAGCAGCUACAUCGGAGAGAGCGGGGGCUGCGGAAGGGGCCUGGGUCGAUCUCACGUCCAAGCGCGCCACACACCAAGCUCCCGGGAAAUGCUCUACAUUAAAUUUGGCGACUUCCUCGCCGCUAGACUAAACACUUUGCAUGAGACUGUAGCUAAUGAGCUAAUGAACAAGAUGCUACUGCUGAUCGCCGAGAAGUGAGGUUAACGGGAACCCGAAAAUGAUAAAAUCUGGACCGGAGAAGCAUAUAUCCCAUCCGGCUGCAUCCUGUCAAAUUACGGAAUAAGUUGCACGAAUGAAGUCUGUAUUAUGUGCCAUAUAAGACAACUGUAAAGCGUACUAUAGUCUAUUAUUAGAGUGUGUGAAGUAGUUUAUAAAUCAAAACAGUUCAAAAAAAAACGACAAAUAAAAUUA